AAACAGUAAACAAGCGAAAGUGCCGCGCAACUUGCGAAUGGCUGGCCCCCCACCAAGCGACCCGCGCGCAUCGUCGCCGCUCCACCGCACAGACGUGUUGGACGGUCGUUUGAAUAAGAUCGAGUCCUUGCUGCAAUCCUUCCCAGACCAGGUGAGCGCGGCUGUGGAGGCGAUGAUGGCGUCCAUGAAUGCGACUGUGCUUCGACGGCUCGAUGCAGUCGAACGUGCAGUGAGGGAUGUCCCUGCAAGCGUCGGCUCCAAAGUGGACACGUCGAAUGCCGCUGUCCUUCGUCGUUUGGAGCGGGUUGAAAAGGCAGCGGCAGUCCUUCGUCGACAAGUCAUUUCCAACAAUCUCGUGAUUCCCCACGCAUUGGCUGCGAAGGUCGACGAAACCGACACGGAGCCCGAGGUGGUGGUCGGCAUCCAAGGCUUCAACACAGCGCUUAAAGCUUUCACGGAAGCGAUCACAUCCACCCCGCGUCGCGACGCCUCGACAAGUACUGCAGCAUUGGCGCCGUCGGCCGCCUCAGCUCCCAAUCCCUCUACGACCAAGCACCGUCGACCCCCAGCCAACACUGCGGCUACCACGCCAUCCAAAAAACCUACGAACCAGCCUUUAACGACGAAACCCAUACAGCGCCAGUCUGCAACUGGUAGUAGAAUCCCAUGGAGCAAUCAGCCAGCACAUAGCCCCUCUGACGAUGCCCAAACCCAACUGGCCGCUUCGUCGUUAGGCACUGGUCGUCCAUCCCACCCCAAGCGAACGACAAGACCUGUAUCAUCGACACCCAAGCCCCCCGCCAAUAGCUUCCUUCGUGCGGAGGUCGAAGAUAGCAGGUCUUCGCAGCAAACCACGUCCACGGCAAGUCCAAGUCUGCUGCAAGCCGCCCUCGCCAUCAACAAUUCCCUCGGCCGAGACAAGAUGGUAUUGUAUGCCACCGAGGAUUCACCCCCUCGAAAACCCCGACAGUCCAAGGGCCCUUCGAGCAUGAAGGUAUCGGACAUUGCUGCCUUGAAACAACGGCAGCUCAAGGCAACGAUCUCAACCUCCAGUCACGUACCGGAACAGCCUAAACAAGGGUCGAGCGCUGGAACCAACUUCCCCGUAGCCCAUCAGUCCCCGCCGCCGCCGCCUCGAUUCGGCUCGGCCACGCUGACCCGUACGCCUCUAGCGAGCCAAUAUCUAGCCUCCUCGGCCAACCACCCUGUGACGACGACGGCUACAGCCAGUAGUAACGCCCCCCAAGCAGCAGAUCCGACUGGAAUAGCCGCACACGCUGAAGUAACAACGACGACUACCCACUCCCACGAAGCGUCUGCUCUCUCACUAGACGAUUCCUCGACGAUUGUACCCGACUCGGAGGACGCCCCAGAGCCCAAUUGGCAGCGAACGUUGGAGAUGAGCUUCAGCCACUUGGAGCAAGUCCACAGCCAGCCCACCGAGCCACUGGCCGAACCCACGCCGCUUUUGGCGGCUUCCAUCCCAUUGAAGCGAAAGCGAGGCCGUCCUCGUAAAGUUCCACUGACCGUGCUGGAGCCAGCCCCGAAAAAGGUCAAGAUUGCGCCGCUGCCGCCGCCUACUCAGCCGACCAAGCGCCCCCGCGGCCGCCCCCGCAAGGUGUCGCAGCGCCCCCAUGAGAUUGUCAUCCUCACCGAUGACAGCGACGUGGACGACAAUGCUACAGUCUCCGAUGGCUCGAUGCAAAUCUAAACCUCAGAUCGUUUUGAACGUGCGUCAUAGUUGGAGAUUGGAAGUAUUGUUUGGCAGUAGCAUGAUGACGAAUAUAAGUGUCUCAACUCGUUCCGGU